AGCGUGCGCCAGUAUCAUCAUAGAGUAUAAUACCAUUUUGCUUGUAGUGUGUGUUUGUGUGUGUGUGUGUGUGUGUUCUCUGAUGAUCGAGUGCGCAUGUGCGCUGGUUUAGUUAGCAUUGUUCCUUGACGCCCUGAUUUGUCGGCCAUAGCUCUUCGCCAGGCGUCAAGGGGUUCUCCUGAGGCGAGCUUGUGUGCACUGCGUUCAGCAUUGGGACUUCCUGUGUGUCGUUAAGAUUAUGGAGAGAUUGGGACAGGCCGAGCAAGGAGUGGUGCUGAUGCAUUGUCGGCUGCGUGUUACCUGAGUGGUAAAAUUCGAGGGGUUGUGUGAGGGAGUGUAGCAUGUGCAGGAGCUUUCAUUGUUUCGCGAGGCAAUGCUGUUCGGGACCUGCAUUAGAUAUUUUUGGGUCUCGCUGGGCAUCCUGGAUUUAGAAGAACUCGGGUUAUGACAGCGCCAUCCUCCCCUGUCGCUGGCAAAGUCUGAAUUCAUUGCACUAAACUUUCCAAGAUCAAGACCUUUCCAGGCGCAUAGCUUUUCAUCUUUUUAACUGGAGUCUGCCGUUACUUCGUUCAUAUCUCACAACCUCAUUUCAGAAUCCUGUCAUCGCUGGAUUUUCUGGACUUGUGUGUUUCUUAAUGAAGGGCAUCUUAUCUCAUCGUAAACUGCCAUUGGUGGCGUCUCUACAUUGUUGAUACCAAUAGGUUCAUCUACAGUUGGGAAGCUACUCGACGCUACCAGAUUUGGAGCAAGGGAUCAUGUGGCAUCUGGUCUUCAGAACUCUGUGCCACCUCAAUCUAGUUGGUGGACUCUACUGUGAUGUUUCAAUGUAACCUUGAGAGCAGGAGAUUAAAAAACAGUGUCACAUGUUUGGAGAGGAAUUUGGUGGUAUUGUGCUUCAUUAGAAGCAGAUCAAGAAACUGACUGCUUGCUUUUUGGAGCGGAAUUUUUACCACUAUAUUUUAGACUCUUGUUAGCAUGAUGGCUAGGAUGAGACCGCAGAUACAUGCUCUCUUGUGUGCGACAAUGGUCUUCUUAUUGGCGUGGGGAGUAGCGAUGGGAAUAGUGCCAGAAACGGGUCAGGUGGGCUCAAAGGGUCAACCAACGUUUGUUCGUCACUUUUGGUCCACCUCCGACAGACAUCAUUACAAGUUAUCGGAGGAUGGCGAGGGGGCUGAACUUGUUCUCGAUCAAAGCUCAGCUGCUGGUUUUGCCUCUAAGACGAGAUACUUGUUUGGGCGUGUCAGUAUUCAAAUGAAGGUUCAUCCAGGCGACUCGGCAGGCACUGUCAGUACAUUUUAUACUUCCUCUUUGAGCGGAAAGCAUGAUGAACUUGACUUUGAGUUUCUUGGCAACGAACCUGGCAAACCAUAUGUACUGCAGACCAACGUGUACGCUUCAGGUAUUGGUGACCGUGAGCAACGUAUCAGACUCUGGUUUGAUCCUACCGAGGAUUUCCACACGUAUGAGAUCCACUGGAACAAAGAGAUAGUCAUUUUCAUGGUGGAUGACACUCCGAUCAGAAUCUACAAAAAUAAUGAAGAUUUGGGUGUUCCAUAUCCUUCACGUCAGGCUAUGAGCAUUUUCGCAAGCUUGUGGAAUGGGGAAGAAUGGGCUACUCAGAAUGGAGCCAUCAAGUUAAAUUGGAGCAAUGCACCAUUUGUAGCUGCUUACCGAGGCUAUGAAGUUGAAGGAUGUGAAGUACCAUGGUACAAAGGGGAUAUUAAGUACUGCCAAUCAUCAAAAGUCGACUCUAUGCUAAAGAGGGCCACUAUUCAUAAUUUGACAACCAGGCAGCAAGCGCGGUUGCAGUGGGUGACCGAAAACCUCUUGGUGUACGACUACUGCAAAGACAUUUACCGAUACCCAACACCGCACCCUGAGUGUAGUCGCAAUUCAGGACUUCAAAUAAUUGGUCCUCAGCCUCUGAAGCACCUAGAUGGUUUGCAGGUUCUUGGUGGCUCUGGGACUUCUGAGUAGUUGAGAUGUCUGAUUGUAAUGCUAGUGUACUUUAUGAGAAAAACAUGGUCUAAAUGUAGGUCUGUUUCACAUAAUUGGCAAUUGCCUAAAGAUAAGGGUAGUGUACAAGAAUACUGUAGGUUGGCUGGGACCCUUGGACACGGGUUAAGCAUAAUCGGUGAUUCUGAGGCUGAUAAAGGUGCUUGAGGACGCUGGAGUAUGUGCGUUGCAGAUCAAUGUGGGCUCUCCUACAGUAUCUUGAUCAGAAUAUUUCCAGAUUACAGGACUUCAACACAGACUAUCAGCAGCAACAUACCUUCCGUAGGCAAGGGCUCAUUAAUAAUGGAGGAUUGUUCACUGCGUCUAUUUUGCACUACAUAUCUAGCAUCUGCAAAAUAAUUUCGCUUCUAGAUUAGUCAGAAAAAUUACAUUGUUAACACUUAGUCUUUGUAAAAACAUAUUUGUGACUACAUUUUUUGGGGGUUACUAGUGCCCCUCUUAACAUGGAAGAUGACUUCGUUUUUGUUUC